AUGGAGCAGCACCAUUCGGAACCCGUGCGUGACGGUAUCUUCAGCCACUAUCACAACCCUGCCCGUGAUCAACCUGGGCAGCCAACGACAGAAGAUCAUUCGCUACUCGACACACAUGAUUAUCGUAUUCUAGACCCGGUGACGUACGACGGAGUCAGAGGGGAAGUUGAGGUCUUAAGAGCGUCCACAUUAGGCCCCCGACGCUUCGCGAUCCCUAAUGAGUUACCCAAGGGUGCAAAAUGGGCUGUUGAGGAUCGUCACGAACACCUGAUCGUAUGGGGUGAUGAAUGGAAAAGAGUAUGGGAGAAUCGGGGGAAAGAGCUCGUGAAACGCGGCGAUCUCAUUCAAGUACCAGUAUGGUGGCAGAGAGCAGGGAGAUAUACAGACGCUUGGAUCAACGAGAGGGCGAGGUUCGUCAUCUAUCACAAGACCGAUGGCAGCUUGAGGAUAUUUCAGCCCUUGCGAGAAGGGAUAUCCGCGUCGUCGCACAUAUUCUUUGGCUAUACGCCCCGACGAUGUCAUGUGGCCCUCUGGUUCCUACUCAAGACCCCUUCGAAUCUUCGCCGGCUGCCCAGAAUCGUACGAGAGAGCGGAACGCCUGAAUCAUCUCAUCACACUGGACACGCCGAGGCGGGUUGUGACGCACGCCGAGAUAUUGUUCGACAUGCCGUCUAUGGGAGAUUGAUGACUGGAUGGAGCUUCGACCGCGAGACUUGUUCCCAGAGGAGAAAUUCCAACCCUGUAAGACCUUUGGCUGAGGAGAUGGAAGCUCUGUUGCAUCCUGUAGAUAAUACCAGGUUCGCAAUGUUUCCCUCUCUUGAGAAGGAUUCUCAGAAGCCAAAUGUCUGCAAAGGAGACGCCAGGGAUGAGAUGUUCGUGACUGCGGCAAGACAUCCUGGGGAGUCACGUAAGGCUGGGCAUCCUUCCCCUCCAGAUCGAGAUGAUCUCUUCAGUCGUUCACGAACCAAUCGUACGCCUGGCACCUUGAACCCCCGCUCUUGCUCAACAAUCACAACAAGGAAUGGACUGUCCUCUUCCCGGAAUGGCGAGAAAGGGCUCACUGUGCCUCUCUUGGUCCAACGCCAUCGUCGGCCAGAAGUUUCGGUAGUUGUGGGACCGCAUCCCGGAGCCCGAGGGAAGAUUCCUCGAGUCUUUUGCGAUCCGGGAGCAUCAGAUUUACAGGGGGCUGGGCCGCCCUUCGCACGAGAGGAGAUGAACCAGCACUGGGUAGCGCACAACGACCACGAGGCAUAUGGCCGCGCUCAUCGCAGACUUCGCAUCAGCGACAAGAAACGGACCCACGUGCGGCAGCAACACGAGGAAUUCCGGGAGAAACACUCCAAGCUCGGGCAACGACGGACGAUGGAAAUUGGCGAGGAGGACAAGGAGGAAGAGGAGCGGCUGGGCUAUGCGGGACGCGGCCAAGACUGGCGUGAUCAGGAGCAGCGGCGCCACGAAGAGGGAGGGAUGGCCCGCACCAGACGAAGGAUUCCCGGAGAUGGCAGUUGGACGAAGCUUGUAUCUGCUGCAGUCUCCGCUCGCAAUCGCUUUCCCACGAACCCCGUCAAAGGCUCCCCAGGCCAGGUCGGCGGGAUGUCUCUGGGCCCUUCCAGCCCGGAUGCCGGCAACGAAGAUCGGCGGUCCGAAAGGAGGCCCAGCCCGCAGCUGCAUGAACAGGAGAUAAUAACGGUCUGGGAGGCACGGCAGGAGACACUUGCUAUCUUGGAAGGAAGAAGCUGA